UGCGUGGGCAUGUUUUCGGUUGUGCGGUUUUCCAAGUAGCUUGCUUUGUAGGUGGAACUGAACUUUCGUAGCAGUUUCACGUGGUUAAUUACAUUGAUAGUGGCAAUAAGAGGGUUUUGGGGCGGCAGCUUGCCCACUCAGCACUUCCCAUUUCAACCAUCUAUCCUGCAUUCGGCGCUGACUGUGCUGGGAGUUAAAAUGACUUUCGCGAAAUGUUUUCUUCGCUGGGCAUUAAUGAGCGUGGGUUGGACUACAGAGGCAGUAGACAGGACGACGGAAUGAGAGAAACAGCGGUUUUCCAUACGUCUGGGUCACGGCUGAAAAGUGAAACUGGUAAAAAAUAAUCGAGCCCACGCUCCGUAGCACCACAGUGCACCACCGGGAUCACGAUCAGCCGUCAGCAACAGCGCUGUGAGGAUCCUGUUGGGGGGUUUUGCCAUCUGCUGGCUUUAUCAGCUGUGCUCACAAGCCUUACAUAGCUAUGGAGACGGUCACCAGCAACCCCGGAGGACACGACCAGUCAGUGCGGACCUCAGUCUUCAACUCUAGCUGUCGCUUUGAUGAAGAGUUCAAAUACAUCCUGCUGCCCGUGUCCUACAGUCUGGUGUUUGUGUUUGGCUUUGUGCUGAAUGCUGCAGCUUUAUGGUUGUUCCUGAAGCUGCGUCCUUGGAACACUAGUACAGUGUACAUGUUCCACCUCGCUCUGUCUGACUUCCUGUAUGUACUCUCCCUGCCCACCCUCAUAUACUACUAUGCCAACCGUAGUCACUGGCCCUUUGGCGUUGUUGCCUGCAAAGUUGCGCGCUUCCUCUUCUAUGCCAACCUCUACUGCAGCAUUCUCUUCCUCACGUGUAUCAGCGUGCAUCGCUACCUCGGCAUCUGCCACCCUAUUAAGACGAUGACCCUGGUGAAGCCUCGCCAUGCCCACCUGGUAUGUGGCAUGGUGUGGGGUGUUGUGACUGUGUGCUUGGUGCCCAAUCUCAUCUUUGUUACCACCUCCACGAGGGGCAAUGACACCCUGUGCCAUGACACAACAAACCAGGAGGCCUUUGACGAGUAUGUGGACUACAGCUCUGUUGUGAUGGUGCUGCUGUUUGGCAUCCCUUUCACCGUCAUUAUGGUGUGUUACUGCCUGAUGGCUCGGGCUCUGUGCAAGCCCAGACAUGGAAUAUCUUCCAGCCAGCAGAGCGCUGCUUCACGUCAAAAAUCCAUCAAGCUCAUCAUCUUGGUGUUGGUGGUGUUUGCUGUGAGCUUCGUCCCAUUUCACAUCACACGGACUCUCUACUACACGUCCCGUGUGCUGAAUCUUAACUGUGAAUUCCUCAACAUAGUAAACUUUACUUACAAGAUCACCAGGCCGCUGGCGAGCGUCAACAGUUGCAUUGAUCCCAUUUUGUAUUUCCUGGCUGGGGAUCACUACCGCUCCAAAAUGAUGGCUGUUCUGAUGAGAAAAAGACAGACAAUGAGCAGCCAAGUAUCGGAGCAGGCGCCAGCACGGCCGAAUAAUAAUGACAGUAUUGGUCUCGUUUAUACAAACUCAGGUCUUAAAGCCAGUGAUGAUGUUGCGAGGUAGUGCAGAAUGUGAAGUAUUGUUAAAUAUUUCUGCUCUUGGCUAAACUAACAACAGAGAGGCUUGAAGAGAAGAGGAGCCAGUUUACUAUGACAUUAACUUGUAAUAUAAUAUAAGAUAAGCUUUCUGUCCUUCUAGAUUUCUGCAGAAAAAGGAAAUUGAGUUCCCCUCAGUUUCUUCAGAAUGCCCUGUGUGAGAUAAAGUACAAGUAUUUUUUUAUGAGUCUGUAUCUAACACAAAUGAAUUAUUAUUCAUAA